CAAAGGGUAGAGUACCUUAUCGACCUUACGAAACCAUUUGCAGCGGCGACAGCGGUGAUUGGAACUACGAAAGGUCCGACGAUUCACCUUGUCCUCGCAUACUACAACAAGCUUUUCGAUAUUCUAGAGGAGGCGAUAAAGCGACUCAAGAAUAAGCGGAUACCCUGGAAGAAGGAUGUCUUUCAGGCAUGCGAGGCUGCUUAG